AUGCCAAGGAGGAACCAACAUUUCCUGGCCUCGCUGGAACCAUUUCGGAACCAUGAGAGUCUCAGUCUUCAACGCGCCGAGGGCCCCUUUGCUUUUUUGAAUCCCACGAGAGCACACUACCAAUAUCCAGUCACAAGAAAUGGUGAUCUGGAGGCGAAACAGCACCACAGCCCCCGCCAACAUCCCGAGAGUCAUGUCUCGCACGCAGACCAUGGCUGCAGCACGAGCACAUAUCCUGCCAGCUUCAUCCAGUUCCUCUGGCGAUCUCGAGACAACCGCAAAGGUCGACACACGCUACUCGUACGCAGACCCUCUCCAGACUCAGAUUCAGACAGGUCCAGGUUUCUCACCCCUCGACGCACUUCUCAUCCUCGUGAGGUCCUCCGCAACAUAGGGCGGACGUUCACUUGCUUCCCCAUAUGGGACAUUUCAUGGCUCGUGGCGUUUGUGUUCACCCUUGGAAGCGCCGUCUGGGUCAUCAACAGCUUUUUCGUGUGGCUCCCGGUUGUAGCGCCCUCGACGGAAUUCCCCAAUGAGAUUUUCUACGGCGGCGGGAUUACAGCUUUCAUUGGCGCCAUCAUCUUCUUUGAAUUUGGUUCUGUUCUUUUGAUCUUCGAAGCCGUCAAUGUAGACAAUUCCGGGUGUUUCGGCUGGGCGGUAGAACAGCUUCUGGACGAACACGAGCACGAACACGAUCUGGGAGACGGACAGGGACAGGGACAGGGACAGGAACGAGGCCAAGGCGGACCGAGGCUUCGCGUCACACCUAACAAACAUCACUGUAGGCAUCACCACCAAAACAAGCACAACUUCGUGGGGAACCCAUCUCAGAACACGAUCUCAGAUAACAAACCUCCGCCACCACCCGCCAACGGCGACCCUUCUUCAUCCUCAAACCAAUCACCCAAAUCCUGGCAAUGGUUCCCAUCUGCUCACGCACUACGGACACACUAUCUACACGAACUGGGCUUCCUCGCGGGCGCGGCACAGCUCUUUGGAGCGACCAUCUUCGGCAUCUCGGGCAUCACGGCACUCCCCGGCAUCUAUAACCAUCUGGAACCGCAAUACGUGCUGAACGCCGCAUAUUGGAUCCCGCAGGUGAUCGGCGGGUCUGGCUUCAUUGUCUCCAGCACGCUGUACAUGCUCGAAACGCAGACGAAAUGGUACAUCCCAGCGCCCAAGAUUCUUGGCUGGCAUGUUGCGUUUUGGAACCUCAUUGGCGCCUUUGGGUUCACCCUGUGCGGCGCUCUAGGCAUGGCUUACGGGAAUUCUGGUGCGCAGUUCCAGGCUGGGUUGGCCACGUUUUGGGGUUCUUGGGCAUUCCUCAUCGGGAGCUACCUUCAGCUUUACGAAGCCUUGGACAAGCAUCCUGUCGAGGAGGGAGGCCUCUUCGAAGACGAAGUUCGACGACGCUGUUAG